GAUUUUCAUCAAAAAAUAAAAUUUUCCAUUAAUUCUCUCUAAAUUCCCUCAACAAAAUAAAAUAAAAAUGAGCUCGUCGCCGUUAUCGUCAUCUCUCUUUCAUCCGCUUUCUACCUUGUCGGCUCAAAGCCAUGGUCGGAGGCAGAACCUCUGUUUCAGUCGUACGCAACAAUCUGUCGUUGUCCGAGCCGCCAAACUUCCUGAAGGAGUGAUAUUGCCAAAAGUACAACCGAAAUCUCAACCUGCGUUUCUGGGAUUCACACAAACAGCUGAAAUAUGGAACUCAAGAGCUUGCAUGAUUGGACUCAUUGGUACUUUCAUCGUCGAACUGAUUCUGAACAAGGGAAUACUUGAAGUGAUCGGUGUAGAGAUUGGGAAAGGGCUUGAUCUUCCUCUAUAAUGUAACACUCUGUGUGUUCUUUCCAACAAAGCAUCUUAUGAAAUGUAAAAUUCUGAAGUUUAAUUACAUAUCAAAAACGUGACAGUUGUUAUGAAAGUUUGAUUCUUUUAGAGGA